UUUAAUUACAAGAGAAGGUUAGCAGGAGUGACGGUGAGUUGGCGUCGUGUUCGUGUAUGUAUUGGUGCCGCCCACGUCUGUCGUCGCUGGCUGCAGGCUGCAACUACGAAUGAGGCGGGCAGUGCACCAUUGAGUUGAGGAGACAGGAGAGCCUGCAUUGCAUGCAUCCCCAGCCACCUCCUCUUCCACCAACUGCUAGUUAGAUUCCUGCCGCUACGCGGUCUCCCUCUCUCUGAUCGAUCUCUCCCCCUUCCUCCGAUCCAUCCAUCAACUGCUGCGUGCUUGACCAGAUCACGCCAGACCGACCUUUCAUUAUUGCAUCUGCUGCGGGCCGGCCGCGCGCACCCCGGCCGUCGCGUCGACGUCCGAUCCGAUCCAAUCGGAUCGAGCGAGAUGCAUGGUGGUGGCGACGACGACGACGACGACGGGGACCUUGUCGACCACCGGCGGCAGCCGCCGCCGCCGAUGGAGAUCGGGUGGCCGACGGACGUCCGGCACGUGGCGCACGUGACGUUCGACCGGUUCCACGGGUUCCGCGGCGUGCCGGAGGAGCUGCGGCCGGAGGUGGAGCUGUCACCCAGCGCCAGCAAGACGGUGUUCGGCGUGUCGACGGAGUCGAUGCAGUGCUCCUACGACGGCCGGGGGAACAGCGUUCCCACCAUCCUGCUCCACCUGCAGCGCCGCCUGUACGACCAGGGCGGCCUCGCCACGGAGGGCAUCUUCAGGAUCACCGCCGAGGCCGGCCAGGAGCAGCGCGCCAGGGACCAGCUCAACGCCUCCGGCGUGGUGCCCGACGGCGUCGACGUGCACUGCCUGGCGGGCCUUAUCAAGGCCUGGUUCCGGGAGCUCCCCGGCGGGCUGCUGGACGCGCUGCCGGCGGACGAGGUGGUGCGGUGCCAGACGGAGGACGACUGCGCCCGCCUCUGCGCCGCCAGGCUGACGCCGCCCAAGGCCGCCCUCCUCGACUGGGCCGUCAGCCUCAUGGCCGACGUCGCAAGGGAGGAGAAGGACAACAAGAUGGGCACGCGGAAUGUCGCCAUGGUCUUCGCGCCAAACAUGCUGACGCAGAGCGUGGAUCCCCUGACGGCGCUCAAGUACGCGGUGCAAGUGAUGAACUUGCUCAACAUGCUCAUCGAGAGGGCGCUCAAGCACCAACAACCAUCACCGGCCGAUCAUGGCCGGCAUGGCGCCUCCUCCUCCUCCUCGUCUUCGUCUUCCUCUGCUGCUGCUGGUGGUGGUGGUCGUCGUCCAUAGUUCAUCAUCAUGACACAAAUAUAAUCGAUCAAGCAAUAUAAUUAAAGCUACCACUGAUAGAAGAUUGUUAUUUCAUUCAUUCAUUCAUCCAUUCAUGGAUGUAAUACUAUAGCUGCUAGGUGCUUUAGUUUGCUUGGCGUGCGAAUUAUAUUCAAGCUGACUCGUGCCUGACCAACCAACCCUAACUAGGUCUAGGUAGGUAGGAUCGAGCAAAUCAGCAUUGCAUUGCAUU